AUGGACAACUUACACCAUGCAAAGAGUGCCACAAAUGCAGUGGCUGAGCCUGUCAAGCCGAAAACUGCUCAUGUCGAAGAGAUCGCAGUUUUCUCGACCCUGGUGGACAAAAAGCUGGACGUCGUUGGGACGGUGAAGUUGACAGAUGGACAGAUCGUCUAUAUUCCCACCCCUACGCCAGAUCCACAAGAUCCAUUGAACAUGCCGACAUGGCAAAAAUGUGUUGUACUUGUGGUGGUCUCAGUCUUCUCAACGCUGGGACUGUCGUUAGUCUCUGGCUUUGGAGGAUUGUUGUCAUUCUACAUUCCUGAAUAUGUGGCAGCCGGAAAAGACUACGCCGAUAUCACCGCUCUGAUGACGUAUCCCUCACUGUUCAUGGGCAUUGGUAAUCUGGUUGGAAUGCCACUUGCAAUCGGGGUUGGCCGUCGUAUCGUCAUGCUUGGAUCUUCGGUGAUCCUCGUCGUCGGUGCUAUCCUGUGUGCUUAUGCCAAGUCUUACGAGUGGCAUUUGGCUGCUCGAAUGGUCAUAGGGCUCGCCGCUGGCCAAAGCGAGGCCCUUGUUCCCAUGAUCACCCAGGAAAUAUUCUUCCUUCAUGAACGAAGCAAGUCACUCAUGGGCCAACAGGCAAUACAAGUCAGCCUGACAGCCGUCUGGGUCUUGUUUGCCAGCCCUAUUGCCGGGCACAUCACUCCCCAGGGCUGGUACGGCCUGGGUGCUGGGCUCGCUGGACUGUUGCUUAUCGUUGCCUUCCUUUUGCUUCCAGAAACGAAAUAUGAGCGCUCUGCUGCAUCCUUUCAAGAAGCUCCCUCACAAGUGGUAACGGCAUCUACGGGCGAUGCCGAAGCCAGCUCACAGAAGGAAACCGCACCGGUUGUGGAGAUCUGCACCGUCCGCCCCGCGAAAGACAACGUCAAUUAUCCGCCCCGUACAUGGAAGUCAGACGUGCGCCUGAUCGUGGGCAAACCCGAAUGGAAGAAAGUCUGGAUGGUCCUACGGCAAACUUUCGAGCUUCUAUUUUUCCCUAACGUCUUUUGGGCUUUGUUGCUGAACGGCCUCACCAUCGGCGUUAAUAUCGCCAUCGGUACCACUUAUGGCACGGUUCUCACUGGUGCACCAUAUCACUGGUCGAACGACACGGUCAGCUACGUCAACUGUGGACAAAUCAUCGUCGCGCUGCUCGCACUACCUCUCCUGGGCCAUGGCUCGGAUUGGCUGGUCGAAUACAUGGCGAGGCGAAACGGUGGCAUCCACGAACCUGAAAACCGCAUCUUGCCGCUAUUCUUCCCAAUCAUCGUGGGCGUCUUCACCGCAGUCUUGUAUGGUCAGGGCGCAGCCCACCCAGAGAAGUAUUCUUGGUUCGUCUAUGCCUGGGCCGUUGCGGCUUACUACUUCGCAUUUGUCGGUGCUAAUAUUGUCGCCAUUACGUACCUUUUGGACAGCUACCCACAACGCGCUGGACCGCUGCUUGUCAUCAUCUGUGCAUUCAGGGGGAUCAUCUCCUUUGGUACUAGUUAUGGCACCGCACCGUUUGUUGAGCGUCGAGGCUGGGAUGGUGCGUUCAACACUUUUGGCGGUUUGACUGGAGCCUUAGGAGCUCUUGGUAUUCCGGUCUACUUCUAUGGCAAAAAAAUUCGUCAAUUCACUACUCGUUUCGUCAAGGACAAGACGGAAUGA